CUCUUCCCCCUCUGCGACCCGACCCUGGCGCCUUAGGAGCCCUGGGCGGGGGUGGGCGUGGGGGCUCGGGCUGCAAGGGCACUAGGCUCCGGAGAGGGCAGCAGAGCGGGCUGGCUCUCGGGAGGCUCCGGCCCCGGGGAUGGGGCAUGUGGAGACUGGCCAGCGAAUAGGGUCGGGUCCGGGUGGACUGACCACAGGGCCCGCAGCGUCCGAACCUGGAGCGCAGCCUGCACCCUCCACCACCCGCCCUUCGGGAAUGUCAGAACUAAGCCAAGAGCUGCUGCCACUCACCCCGUGUCUUCUGGCUGCUUCCCUCUUUGCUGUCCCUGCCCACAGGCUCCCCCUGUCCUUCUCCUGGGGCCCAUCAUGAAUGGUGCCCCUUCCCCGGAGGACGGGGCCUUCCCUUCUCCACCAGCGCUGCCACCACCCCCUCCCCCAAGUUGGCGGGAGUUCUGUGAGUCUCAUGCAAGGGCUGCUGCCCUGGAUUUUGCUCGCCGAUUCCGCCUCUACCUGGCCUCCCACCCUCAGUAUGCAGGGCCUGGGGCCGAAGCCGCUUUUUCCCGGCGUUUUGCUGAGCUCUUCCUGCAGCAUUUUGAAGCUGAGGUGGCUCGGGCCUCAGGCUCACUCUCCUCACCUGUCUUGGCCCCUUUGAGCCCUGGUGUGGAGAUACCACCACCACACGACCUGUCCCUUGAGAGCUGCAGGGUGGGUGGUCCCCUGGCUGUGUUGGGCCCUUCUCGAUCUUCUGAGGACCUGGCCGGGCCCCUGCCUUCCUCAGUUUCUUCCUCUUCUACAACCUCUUCAAAGCCGAAGCUCAAGAAACGCUUCUCCCUUCGCUCAGUGGGUCGUUCUGUCAGAGGUUCAGUCCGAGGCAUUCUGCAGUGGCGGGGGACUGUUGACCCUCCCUCCUCAGCUGGGCCCCUGGAGACCUCAUCAGGCCCUCCGGUCCUAGGUGGAAACAGCAACUCCAACUCCUCUGGCGGGACUGGGACCAUUGGUAGGGGAUUGGCUAGUGAUGGCACAUCCCCUGGGGAGAGAUGGACUCACCGCUUUGAGAGGCUGAGACUGAGUCGGGGAGGGGGGACCAUAAAAGAUGGAACAGGAAUGGUGCAGAGGGAAGAGCUGUUGAGUUUCAUGGGGGCUGAAGAGGCUGCUCCUGACCCAGCAGGAAUGGUUCGGGGAGGGGCAGCUGGGCUGACCUCAGGGGGAGGAGGGCAGCCUCAGUGGCAGAAGUGUCGCUUACUGCUCCGGAGUGAAGGAGAAGGAGGAGGAGGAAGCCGUUUGGAGUUCUUUGUACCACCCAAGGCGUCACGACCUCGACUCAGCAUUCCCUGUUCUACCAUCACAGAUGUCAGGACAACCACAGCCCUAGAGAUGCCUGACAGGGAGAACACAUUUGUGGUUAAGGUCGAAGGCCCCUCAGAGUACAUUCUGGAGACAACUGAUGCACUUCAUGUGAAGGCCUGGGUGUCUGACAUCCAAGAAUGCCUAAGCCCAGGACCCUGCCCUGCUAUCAGUCCCCGCCCCAUGACCCUUCCCCUGGCUCCUGGGACCUCCUUCCUCAUAAAGGAUAACACAGACAGUCUGGAGUUGCCCUGCCUAAAUCACUCAGAGAAUCUGCCCAGCCAGGAUCUGCUGCUGGGACCCAGUGAGAGUAACGACCGUCUGUCACAGGGGGCCUAUGGGGGCCUCUCAGACCGGCCCUCAGCAUCCUUCUCUCCCAGUUCUGCCUCCAUUGCCGCCUCCCAUUUUGACUCAAUGGAACUGCUUCCCCCAGAGUUGCCCCCCCGCAUCCCUAUUGAGGAGGGGCCCCCAGCAGGGACAGUCCAUCCCCUUUCAACCCCCUACCCUCCCCUGGACACUCCGGAAGCAGCCGCAGGGUCAUUCCUGUUCCAGGGGGAGUCAGAGGGAGGCGAGGGAGAUCAGCCCCUCUCAGGAUACCCUUGGUUCCAUGGGAUGCUCUCUCGACUCAAGGCUGCCCAGUUAGUGCUGGAAGGAGGCACUGGCUCCCAUGGUGUCUUCUUGGUACGUCAGAGUGAAACAAGACGGGGUGAAUACGUCCUUACUUUCAACUUCCAGGGCAAGGCCAAGCACCUGCGUUUGUCACUGAACGAGGAGGGUCAGUGCCGGGUCCAACAUCUGUGGUUCCAGUCCAUUUUCGAUAUGCUUGAGCACUUCCGGGUGCAUCCCAUCCCUCUGGAGUCUGGAGGCUCCAGUGAUGUUGUCCUUGUCAGCUAUGUGCCCUCCCAGCGGCAGCAGGGCCGGGAGCAGGCUGGGAGCCAUGCAGGGGUGUGUGAGGGCGACCGAUGCUACCCCGAUGCCUCCUCUACCCUCCUGCCCUUCGGAGCGAGUGACUGUGUAACCGAACACCUCCCGUGACCCAACCCAGCCCCCUGAACCCCCUCCAUGGACAGAUCCCCCACAUCCUGGGGCAGAAGAGGCGUCGGGGGCGCCAGAAGUGGCGACAGCCACAGCCACAGCAGCCAAAGAGAGGCAAGAGAAAGAGAAAGCGGGCAGUGGAGGGGGCCCGGAAGAGCUGGUCCCCGUGGCUGAGCUGGUCCCCGUGGCUGAAUUGGAAGAGGCCAUAGCACCAGGCACUGAGGCACAGGGUGUUGCUGGCUCUGGUGGGGACUUGGGGAUGUCCCUAAUGGUGCAGCUCCAGCAGCUACCACUAGGGGGCAGUGGAGAAGAAGGGGGCCACCCCCGAGCCAUUAAUAACCAGUACUCCUUUGUGUGAGAUACCUGCCCACCCUGCAUUCUAUUCCUCCCAGCCGUAGGUUGUGAGACUGGCUGGGUAGGGACACAGAAAAGAGUGGGACUCCCCUCCCCACAUGCUUCCUGACCCUUGUCAGCCAAGGGCUUGUAUGUUGGUACAAGCAGCGGUUCAAGAGCCCUGUUACGUCCCCAGUUAACUACACUACAGGUGCCCCUGCCCCAUGGUCGGGGACGUGGGCUCCAUUAUCUCCCCAGGAGCUCUUACGGAUAGCCCCACCCCUGAGGGCUGUUUUCCCCACUAAUCACCCCCAACCCGAGCAAGGGUGAGGGGGAAGGGCUGUCAGUUAUAUUAAGGUGGUUGUUGUUGUUGUUUUAAACAAAAUGGAGAAGCAUAAAUAAAUAAAGGGUUUAUCUCAGUUCCAUCA